AAUAAACUGAAUAAAAAAAACUGAAGAUCCACAUCGUGUUAAAUUUGAAUCUUAACGAAUAAAAAGUGGAGGGAAAUAUUAAAUCAUGUAAGUUUCGUUUUCAUCUCACAGAGUGCGUAAGAAAUAACUCGAACAUAUAUAGAUGGCGGGUUGUCAUUAAAACAGAAACGAUGCACCAUAUUUAGUAGGCUACUAGCCAUAGUGAAAAAUUGUUGAUUGUAUCUUUUAGUUUUAUAUGAAUAUAAAAGCUAAUAAGAGGUGAAAUGUGAUCUAUUUUAUAGAGUAAUGACAACAGUAGCUUCUUGUUCUUAGUUACGAAAAGCAGAAGCUCUUGCCUCAAAGUGAGACAUCGGACAUCAGUCGUGAAAAUCUGGGCAUGUUGUGUAAAAAGAUUAUUGAUAUAAAAAAAUGUCACUGAUGCCGUCAACAAUACAUUCAAUCCAAAGAAAUUUAUUGACAAAUAGGUGAAGAUGGAAGAUGAAGCUGAUCUUAGAGAACAAUUAUUUCACAACACAGUACGGGAGAAUAUUAUAUUCUUUCUUCUGUUCCUGAUUCUCUAUGUUUCAAGCUACGCCUUAAUUGCGAAGUUUCGACGAAGAGACCGUGAAGAUUAUUUUUCCGUGGAUGAAGAUGAAGCAACGGUCUACAGAAUCAGUCUUUGGUUAUGUACCGUUGCUCUGGCGGUUUCUGUCGGAGCAACCUUGCUGCUUCCGGUUUCGAUUGCGAGCAACGAAGUGUUGAUAUUAUAUCCGAACAGUUAUUAUGUUAAGUGGCUCAAUAGCUCACUUAUACAAGGUUUGUGGAAUCAUGUAUUCCUCUUUUCAAAUUUAUCUCUCUUCGUAUUUUUACCGUUUGCAUACUUAUUCACCGAGUCAGAAGGAUUUAUUGGAUAUAGAAAGGGUUUAAUGGCUAGAGUUUAUGAAACUGUGACAGUUCUUUGUUUAUUGGGAACACUUGUAUUAGGAAUGACAUAUGUUUUAUCAGCACUAAUAGAUUAUCAGAAAUCUAGCCUACACACAUUGCUCAAUUUAUGGAGUUACUAUUUGCCUUUUCUUUAUUCUUGCGUUUCUUUUGUUGGGGUUGUUAUGUUAUUGCUGUGUACACCAAUGGGAUUUGUACAGUUAUUCGGAGUAGUUGGCUCAUUUCUCGUAAAACCGCAGUUCCUAAAGAAUUUAGAUGAAGAAUUCUUUGCAUAUAGAUUAGAGGAAGAUUGCAUUCAUAGAAGAUUGCAACAUGCGAAAGCGACGGGGAAAUCAUACGUUUCGCCAGUGCCUAUGUCGAUAUUAACUUGUGGUUUAAUAUUCGAAGAUGAUGAAUUUCUUAAUGCAAAUCCAAACUUAAUGUGCUUAAAGAAUGGUGCUCUCCAGCAUGGAUUAGCUCAGUAUUUGAAAAAUAUUCAAAAACGAAGGAAUAUUUUAGAUCAGCAAAGGCGAACGUGGUGGGUUCGACGAACUUUGCUAUAUCCUUUGGCCAUGUUAGCAUUACUUAUACUUUCCACUGCCACAGCUUUAUUAGCAGUUCAAAAUACAUUAGAAUUGCUGAUUGGUAUUAAAGCAUUACCUUUGAGUACAAGGCAAUUCACUCUAGGUAUCAGCUCAUUAUCGAAAUUAGGUCCUAUUGGAGCAGCAAUUGAAGUGGCAGUAAUUUUGUACCUAGCUGCUACGAGCGCAAUAGGUUUGUACACACUUCCUGGUGUUAAACGCGUUCGACCUCGACUUCAUUCCACACCUCUUAUUCACCUUAUUGCAAAUUGUGCUCUUCUUCUUGUAUUGAGUUCAGCGUUACCAUUGUUGUCUAGAAUAUUAGGUAUGACGAAUUUUGAUUUGCUCGGCGAUUUCGGUCGCAUUGAAUGGCUUGGUAAUUUCAAAUUAGUACUAUUUUAUAAUUUAAUCUUCGCUACGGCAGCGAUUAGUUGUCUAGUAACGAAAUUUACGGCAACUGUUCGCAAAGAAAUUUAUGCCAGAUUAAGAAGUAGCUUGAUAGGAAUCUUUAAGAGUGACGGUAAGAAAAAUUCUAUAGGAAUAUGUCCUAUGAAAGAAGAUUAGACUGACUUCCGUUAUAAGCAGAGAUAAAAAUUAAUAUUCUGCGUUAAAUAAAAAAAAUGCAACUUAAAAUUGUAAAUUUUUGUAUUCGCAUAAUGUUAAUAAUAUAGAUGUGUAUAACAAUAUAUGUAUGCGAAA